UGCCAAAAGUAUUGGGCCAGCCCUCCAAAUCAUGUGAUUCAGGUGUUCCAAUCACCUCCAUGGCCACAGGUGUAGAAAAUCAAGCACCUAAGUAUACAGACUGCUUCUACAAACAUUUGUGAAAGAAUGGGUCGCUCUCAGGAGCUCAGUGAAUUCAAGUGUGGUACCGUGAUAGUGUGGUACCGUGAUAGGUUGCCACCUGUGCAAUAAGUCCAUCCGUGAAAUUUCAUUGCUACUAAAUAUUUCACGGUGAACUGUUAGUGAUAUUAUAACAAAGUGGGAAAAACAGCAACUCAGCCACGAAGUGGUAGGCCACGUAAAAUGACAGAGUGGGGUCAGUGCAUGCUGAAGCACACAGUGAACAGAAGUCGCCAACUGUCUGCAGAGUCUGUAGCUAAAGACCUGCAAACUUCAUGUGGCAUUCAGAUUAGCACAACAACAGUGCAUAGAGAGCUCCAUGAAAUGGGUUUCCAUGGCCGAGCAGCUGCAUCCAAACCUUACAUCACCAAGUGCAAUGCAAAGCAUUGGAUGCAGUGGUGCAAAGCACGCUGCUGCUGGACUGUAGACAUGUUCUCUGGAGUGAUGAAUGAUGUUUCUCUGUCAGGCAAUCCGAUGGGUUUGUAGGUUGCCAGGAGAACGGUACUUGCCUGACUGCAUUGUGCCAAAUGUAAAGUC